CCAGGACGGCGACGACGAGGACGAGAGCGUCGACGGCGAGGUGCGCCGUGGUGCCGGCGCCCAGCGUAAGCGCCCCGCUGCUGCCCGCACGCUCCUACGCAGGGCGCGUCGGACCAUGCGCAAGCUUGACGAUACCUGGGUGAAUCCAAAGGCCAGCGCCGUCAAGAGGCUCGUCGAUUUGUGGUGGAGCAGAUGGGCCGUGUUGGUGGUACUGCCGGCGUCGUUGGCCGUGGCAUGGUGCGCCAUACCGUUUCCCCAGUACCCGCUGCCCGACGACGGCGACGACGGGACAGCGCCGAGCAAGCCCGGACAGGCUCCGGGAGGUGGGGCCGGGCGUAAGGUGCCGGGCCACGGGGCGGCGCGGGUGCAGGUCAACUUCUGGUUCUUCCUGUUUGUCUACUACAGCUUCUACAGCCUAACGGCCCUGAUCUGGAUCACGAAGGUGUUCAACCUGUACAGCCUCAACUGGUGGCCCAAGUCGCUCGGCUUCCCCGUCACCGUGUCGGCCAUCGCCGUGCUUUCGCUGGCCGCGCCCAUCCCCGUCUACUUGAUCCCCGAGACGCGCUUCCUGACGGUCCACAACACGGCCUGGAUCACCUGGACCUUUGUCAUCAUGGCCAUGCCCGUCGCCAUCGCCUUCCUCAUCCUCAUGACUAACGAGCGCCACCUCGGCCUGCGUCACUCGCUCUCCGAGACGCAGCGCAUCUUCACCUCGUCGUGGUGGGCCGGCGAGCCCGAGAACACCAUCUCGCGUCGCGACCCGCGCCGCGCCCGCGCCGCCCUGAGCGGCGACUCGUUCGACGCCGCCAUCGACGCCUCCUCUCGUGUUGGUUUUGUCGAUGGCGGCGGCGCCCGCGCCGGCAACUACCAACGCCGCCCCUCCAUAGCCGCCCGGCUGCAGCGCCGCUGGCUGCCCGCCAGCUUCGUGCGCUUCGUGUGGUUCUGCCUCGCCCUGUCUAUCGGCCUGCUGGCGUACGUCAUAGGAGAAGCCUACGCCGAGAUCUACCUGCGCACCCUGCCGCACAACAACCUCGAGACCAUCGUCUACGUCUACGGCUGGAUCACCACCGUGCACCUGCUCGACGGCCUGACGGGCUGGAUCCUUGGCGGUAACGAAGGCGAGCGCGUCGGGAGCUAUCCCCUGAGCUUCACUUUCAAACUCUACUUCAUGCUGACGUACCAGACGUACGUGCGAGCACUGUACGCGCGGCUGCGCAGCCCGUCGCAAUUCAUCCUGCUGCAGGUGCUGUCGUCGAGCGGGCUGAUCAUCGUGACGCCCAUCCUCAUGUCGGCGCCGGUGCACUGGUUCUUGAGCGUCAUCGGCGUCAACGGCCAGAGCUACGGCGCGUACCAGAAGAUGUGCGUGCGCAACGUCUUCAUCCGCUUCGUGGCCGAGAACGCGUCCAUGCUGGCCUUUUUGGGGAGUGUCGUCGUGCUGCACUUUGGCGCCAACAAGGACGUCUACCCCUACUUUGCCUUUGACGGCGCCGGUAGCGGCGGCGACAACGGCUUCGACUUUGGCCUCACCUUCUACGCCUCGUCCAUCACCUGGGCCUGCGAGCUCGCCGCCAGUUUCAUUGUCGCCGGCCUCAUCCGCUACAUUUUUGAUGUGAGCGUCGUCACCGAGGGCAAGCUCGACUUCGCCGUCUGGCCCGAGCUGCUGCCCACCAGCGUCGCCGUCGUGCUGCACGUCCUGCAGAACAUGCUCUUCUCCAUCAUCCGCCUGCAGUUUCGCUAAAACGCCGCCGGUACUCCCUUUUCUUCUGGGAAAAUCGCGCACAAAGUUGACGUGACGCGGACGUUGCUGGUUGUGUUUUAAUCGCAAGCUCCAAUCCUCUUGACACCAAAACCGCUCCUCCGGAAACCUGCGCCCGUACACCGUAAAUACAUAUAUUCACGGGCGGGCAGGGCAGGACGGCUGAGGGCAAGCAAGCAACGCAUGGAAGUCCAAGCUGCCUUGGCUAGGCGUUGGAUUUUUUUUUCUUCCUAUCUUCUCUUUUUUGUUUUCUUUCUUUCACUUUUUCCCUAGACAGAGACAGGGGGGAAAAGACACUGGGAUAAACUUCUGACUACAGCUGCAUGAUACCCUUUUUUUU